AUGGAAACGCAUAGGCGAAACAACAGUGGAGGACACAAGGUGUAUUACAGUGGAAGGGAUGACAUACACAGCGAAGGAGUGGGUUUCCUGGUACAUAAAGACACCAUCAGUACAGUCAUGGGAUGCCGCCCGGUCUCAAGUAGACUGAUCUCCAUCCGCCUGAAAGCAACACCAUUUGACAUCUCAGUAGUGCAAUCAUAUGCCCCUACAAAUGAUUACAGUGACGAAGAUUUGGAUGAUUUCUACAACCAGCUACAAGAAAUCAUUGAUGAAACACCUAAGAAAGACAUUUUAGUGGUACAAGGUGACUGGAAUGCUAAGGUCGGAAUAGAUGCUCAAGCAAUCUGGAAAGAUAUUUGCGGACCAUCAUGCAACCCCACAAGAAAUGAAAGAGGUUACCAACUGCUGAAGUUUGCCGCCACCUACUAG